AUGAAGAGAGAAAAGUAAAAAAAAUUGAUCACUGAAGAGUUAACAUGGGAACAACAUGUUAUUUGUGGUAUAAUUUCCCUUAAUGAAAGGAAAUCAAUCAUAUGAAUCAGGUAGAAGUGAUGAAGCAUUGCUAGAAUAUGAUAAGGCUCUAAUCCUAAAUCCAAAUAAUUCAUUGAUCUAUCAUAAUAGAGGUUCAGCAAUUUUAGGAUAUUUUAACUAGGAAUUUUGUAUUACAACAUGGAGAAUAAUCAAUAGGCAUUACUUGAUUAUAAUAAAGCCAUUGAAUUAAAUCCAUUAGAUUAAAAAAUAUAUAAUAAUAGAGGUAAAUAUUAUUCAUUAUAGAAAGGGAUCUUAUAUUCAGAUAUAGGAAGACAAGAAGAUGCAUUAGAUGACUUUAAUAAAGCCAUUGAGUUAGACCCAAAUUUUUCAGAUGCCUAUCAUAACAGAGGUUAUUAAAAAUAUAAAUAUAUAUCAGCUAUGCUCUAUGUUGAUUUAGGAAGACAUCAGGAGGCUUUAAGUGAUUUUGACAAAGCUAUUGAAUUAAAAGCUUAAUCAAACUUAUAUAAAAAUAGAGGUUUCUUCAUCAUUAAUAUUUCAAGGAAUUCUAUUAUUUAAUUUAAAUCGAUUUGAUGAUGCUUUGAAAGAUUUUAAUGAAGCCAUUAGCCUUAAAAAAAGUGAUUCUACUUUAUACCUUAACUUAGGUUUGAAUUUAUUUUAAUUUUAUUAGCUAUUAGCUUAUAAUAAUUAAAUAGAUAUGAAGAAGCUUUAGUGUAAUUUAAUUAAUCAAUUAAAUUAAAUAGUAAAGAUUAAAAGGCUUAUAAAAGUAGAGGUAAAUUUGUAUUAACUAUUCAAAGGAAUACUUUAUUCAAAUUUAGAUGAAAUUCAAUUAGCAAUAUCUGAUCUUACUUAAGCAAUUUUACUGAAAUCAGACGAUUUUAAUGCUUAUUUCCAUAGAGGCAAUCUUUUUUUAUUUACAUAUUAGCAAAUCAGUAUUGGAAACAAAAUCAACUAAAUUUAGCUUUAUGUGAUUUUAAUAAAUCUAUUAGACUUAAUCCUAAAUAUUAAAAUGCAUAUGAUUGUAGAGGUAAUAAAGAUCUUUCCUUAAUAGGUAUCUUAUAUCUAGAAUUGGGUUAAACAAGCAAAGCUGAAUAAGACUUCAAUAAGUCGAUUGAAUUAAACUCAAAAAGUUCUAUUUCAUUCAAUAAUAUGGGUUAACAAUAUAUCUAAUAUUUAGGAAACUACUUAGUAAACUAAGAAAAUUAUUAAGAAGCAUUAAAAUAUUAUUAAUAAGCAAUAUAACUUGAUCCAAAAAAUUCUCUUUAUUUGA